AAAAAAAAAAAAAAGAACUAGGAAAGAAAAAUAAAACUAACUCACACGCUCCACAAUCCACAGUUCACAUUGUUGCUUUGGAGGCCACUCUUCCAUUCCAUGAGUGCAAAUUACAAAUGUUUAGGUUUCAGUUGGUAAGGACAGUAAAUGGCGGGAAACCCAGAAAACAUGUGCCAUGGUUGACAGCGAAGGUGAACUUGGUUUUGACCCUUAUUCCAUUGAGUUUUCUUCCUGUACUCUCUCUUCCAAGUCUAUGGUCGCCCUCUUUCAGAUUCUUCGCCACGCUUCUAUCUCCCCCAAAACUCUCUUGCUUAACAGCUAAACGAUCCGUGAACAACUUUCCUUUACACUAUGCAAAUGCAAGCAAUCCCAUAGGAACCGAAUGUCUUCGUCUGAUAAGGCUUUGCCGAAACGUAGAGGACUUGAAGCCUAUGAUGUCAGUUCUAAUCGUGAAGGGUCUAGUUGAGCACGAGUUUAUCAUAGGAGAAUUCCUUAGGACUUGCUUUCAUCUGGGCGCUCCAGAUUUAGCUCUCUCUUUAUUCCGACGAAUUGAAAAGCCGAGCUUGGUCUUGCAGAAUUUGAUGAUCAGGUGUCUAUGCAAUAAUUGUCUAUAUAAAGAAGUCUUAUUUCUCUAUCUCAGUUGUUGGGUUUCAGGUUGCCCUUCUGAUGAUUACACUUUUCCAUUUGUCAUCAAGGCGUGUUCGGCUCUGAAUGCAUUAUGGACAGGAAAGGAGGUUCAUUGUGUUGUUUUGAGAACUGGGUUUGAGCAAAAUUUAGUUAUACAGACUGCUUUGAUUGAUUUGUAUGCGAAGUCUGGUUCUAUGGGGAACGCGUGUAAGCUGAUUGAUAGAAUUCCACAACCAGACUUGGUUUGUUGGAAUGCAUUGAUUGCUGGUUAUUCUUCAAAUGGGUUUGAUCAGGAAGCCUUGGAGGUUUUCAGUCAGAUUCUUGUGAUGGGUUUGAAGCCCAAUGUCAGCACUUUUGCCAGCGUAAUUCCUGUCUGCUCUCGUUUGGGAUGUUUAAAUAUUGGUAAAUGUCUUCAUGGAUUUGCUGUCAAAUCUGGAUAUUUUUCAAAUAAUUUUUUGGUGCCUGCUUUAAUUUCAAUGUAUGCUAUUGACAUGGAUUUAUCGGCUGCUAGAAGUUUGUUUGAUUUUAUUCUGGAAAAGAAUGUUACUAUUUGGAAUGCUAUGAUAUCUUCAUAUACACAGAGGCAAAACAAUUUUGAAGCCUUUGAGAUGUUCCGGCAAAUGAUCCGUGCUGGCUUGCAGCCUAAUUUGGUCACUUUUGUGUCCAUCAUCCCAUCAUGUGAGGACUCCAAUAGCCUUUGGUUUGGUGAAUCCCUUCAUGCAUGUGUUAUAAAGCAUGGGUCAGGGUAUCAACUUCCCGUGUUAAUAGCACUUGUAUCUAUGUAUUCAAAGCUUGGAGAUGUCAAUUCAGCAUACAUACUUUUUGAUCAGAUGUCCAAUAGAAAUCUCCUGUCAUGGAAUUCUAUGGUUUCUGGGUACGUGCAUAAUGGGCAAUGGUAUGCAAGUUUGGCCACAUUUCGUGAAAUGCAGUUUGCUAGAUGCAAUCCAGAUGCAGUCUCCAUUGUUAGUGUUCUUUCUGCCUGCUCCAAGCUACAGGCUGUUUUGCUGGGCAAGUCUGCCCAUGCGUUUAGUGUUAGAAAGCAACUUGCCCCAGACCUUAAGGUGACAAACGCACUAUUGGCCUUUUAUUCUGAUUGUCAUCAGCUCUCCUCUUCUGUUCAGUUAUUUAACAUGAUGGCUCUAAGAAAUGCUGUAUCAUGGAAUACUUUGAUAUCUGGAUAUGUACACAAUGGUGAUGUAGAGAAGGCUACUGCUCUUCUUCACCAGAUGCAUAAAGGUGGCAUGGAGUUGGAUUUGGUUACCCUGAUAAGUAUUCUUCCUGUUUUUAGUGAGAGAAAAGAUUUGUUGCAAGGAAUGGCUAUUCAUGGUUUUGCUAUAAAAACUGGGAUUGCCUCUGAUGUUUCUUUACUAAAUGCCCUCAUUAGCAUGUAUUGCUACUGCAGAGAUCUUGAAGCUGGGAGGUCACUUUUUGAAGUCACGCCUCAAAGAAAUGUUGUGUCUUGGAAUGCUCUAAUUACUGGCUGCCGAUAUCACAACUUACAGAAUGAGGUUUUGGUCUUAUUUAGUCAUAUGAUAAGAGAAGAUCAGAGGCCAAAUUUCAUAACCUUGCUAAAUAUAUUACCUCUUUGCCGCACACAGUUGCAGGGUAAGUCUAUACAUGCUUUUGCGGUUAGAACAGGAGUUGUAAAAGAAACCCCUCUUGUUUCAUCUCUUAUAUUCAUGUAUGCCAGAUUUGAAAAUAUAAAUUUAUGUCUAUUGGUAUUCCAAAUGGGGAAAAAGGGGGAUAUUUCUUUGUGGAAUGCUAUUAUGUCUGUACAUGUUCAAACAAAAAAUGCCAUAAAAGCAGUUGCAUUCUUCUGUGAUUUGCUUCAACUGGGACUGCAGCCUGACAAAAUUACAGUUCUGAGUUUAAUUUCCGCUUGUGUUCAAAUAAAUAACAUCAAUCUUACUCAUUCUGUACUGGCUUACCUAAUACGCAUGGGCUUUGACAGAUACGUGGUCAUCUGUAAUGCAUUAAUAGAUUUGUAUGCAAGAUGUGGCUACAUUUUAAAAGCAGAGAAACUGUUUGAUGGGUUGGUUGAAAAGGAUGCUAUAUCUUGGAGUGUAAUGAUAAAUGGGUAUGGGUUGCAUGGGGAUGGUGAAGCUGCCCUAGACCUUUUGUCCCAGAUGGAACUUUCAGGGAUGAGACCUGAUGAUGUUAUUUAUUUGAAUAUUUUAUCAGCUUGCAGCCAUUCUGGCUUAGUUGAGCAAGGCCGCAUGGCAUUCAACUCUAUGCUAGAAUACGGAAUAGCACCAAAAAUGGAGCACUAUUCUUGCAUGGUUGACCUUCUUGGGAGAACAGAUCACUUGAAUGAAGCGUAUGAAAUUGUUAAAGGACUGCCUUGUAAACCUUCUGUAAGCCUGCUUGAGUCUUUGUUGGGUGCUUGCAGAAUCCAUGGUAAUGUUGAACUUGGAGAGAAAAUUGGUGGGAUGCUCUUAGAAAUGGACCCAGAAAAUUCCAGAUCAUAUGUGAUACUUUACAAUAUUUAUGCAGCAGUUGGAAGGUGGACAGAUGCCAAAAGAGUGAGGUCUGAUAUGGAACGAAGAAAGUUGAGAAAACUGCAUGGAUUUAGUCUAAUUGUGGGAAAUGGACUUCCAAGAUGAGGCAUUGUCCUGAAUUAUGUUGUGGGUUGAUUAAGCUGGAAAGAUUCAUGCACAAUAUCACGAAGUGAUAUGAUACAGAAGCUCCAAGAAAUCUUGUAGCUCAUAGUGGUCCAAUGUUGCUAGCAACAGGUUCAGUACAAAGGGAGACGCCAUAUCUAUAAUGUUUUGUUGGUCAGCUAAAUCCCAAAUUGGGUCUCCAAUACCAAUUAAGUUGGGUAUCUGGUCAGAGAACCCAGAUAUGUAGGAUUCUCUUGAUCCCGAUUUACUGUUGGUUCCUCAAAUGGAAACACUUGUAUCAGUGUCAUGAUGUGAAGGCUCACUAGAUGAGUUCUUGCCUGCCCAGAAGUGGUCAAUAUCAUGGAGUGUGGGCUUAAGUAUAACAUACCAGCCAUAUGAGUCUCACUAAAUGGCAGUUGAAUUGUUUUGCAAGACACGGGAGAAUGAAAAUAGCAAAAAAUCUACAUAUAUGAUAAUGGACUGGAGUGACCGAAGGAAAAGAAAAAAUGAAGUGAUGUCUUUGUUCACGUAGAGUUUGUGGUCUCAAUGUAGUGCAGGAGUCAAAUUAUGCUAUUGCUAACAAACCAAAGCAGCCAUGGUUUUAUAGUUUGACAUUUCUAAGGACAUGCAUUUGGAAAUGAUGGACAUUCAGCCAACUCAGCAGCAACGUCAUUGUUUUAAAAGGCUUUGGGAACGUCUCAUUACAAGCAAGCGUCUGGACUUGGACAGGGGAUGUUUCAUAACAUGUCCUUGUCAUCUCAUCUGCUGUAGCAAUAGUUGUUAUGGAUAGAUGUGGAUUCUUCUUGAUAUAGCCCAACUACUCCAAAUGAGCCCAGCAAUAGUGAGCCAACUACAAACACUCCUUCGGGUUCAGUUUCAUCCACCCCACAACUGCAGAUUUAAAACAACAUAAAUGAUAUGUGUGGCAAUGGUGGUGAUCCUUUCUUGAAGGACAUGGUUGAGAGUAUGAAGAGGAAAUAUGACUAGUAUUGGGAAAGUAUAAAUAAAAGUAAUUUAAUGUUGUUUGUGGUUGUUGUACUUGAUCCUUUUUUUUAUUUUUUUUAUUUUUUUAAUAGGAAUUGUGCUUGAUCCUUGAUAAAGUGAAGUGUGUAAAGUUUUUGUUUAGGCAGUGUGGUAUGAUAAGGAACUGGCAAAUGAGAUGUUAGCCAAGGUGUGGGGUGUUAUACAUAGAUUGUAUAGGCAUUACACAAUUGGGUCCUCAAGCAAGGGCGUAACUGCGCAGCCAAAUUUGGCAGAUCCAUUGUAGGAAAAUUUUAAUAUAUAGACAGAGUAAAGGGUGA